AUGAACCGCCGCAGCGCCUCCAAAGUACCUUCAAAGCCCACCAGACUCUUCACACAAAAGGACGAAAUUGACCUCCUGAAUUCGCUCUUGAACUCCAGCGGAAACCCCAUCUGCGGCGGCGAUUUCAGCGAGGCUCAGAUCCGUGACAAGAUCAGGAGACUGAAGCAAAAGUACCACAAGCAAGCGAGGUCCAAGUCUUCCAUAAAGACCCCUCAUGAUCGCGAAGCGUAUGAGCUCGCACGGAAGAUUUGGGGACCCAAAAAGACAAGAAUACCCUCUCCCACAACUUUGGAUGAUGCAAAGAAAGAGGGGAGUGAAAGCAGAGUAAACUGGAGUAGUUAUCCAUUCUUGAUGAGGCAGGUUUCGUGGGCAUUUUCGGGAAGUUAUGAGGUUUAUAAACAAGGAUUGGAGGGUUUGGGAGAGGAUGUUUUGAAGGGUUUUGAUGAGAAGUGGAUGGAGCUGGAAAAGGAAGAAGCUGCACUUGAGGCUAGAAGAGCUCAGUUACUUCAUAAUUAG